AUGAUCGUUUUAGCGGGCUCCUCUGUUUCCUCCGUUUCCUCUGUUUGUUGUUCCCAGCAACAACGACGAGUUUUACGACCCCGACAACAAUUUUGUCGCCGUCGGUUAGUACUACUCCGCGUUGAAGAUGAUGAUGAUGACUCACGUAAUAAACGACGACCGAAUUUUGUGGUGCACUCGUCGUCGUCGUUGUUCUCAAAACGAAGGACAUCACCAUCGUCUAAAAUAUGUGCUGCUUCUUCGAGUAAUAAUAACGGGGUUACCAAUUAUAAUCAACUCGGAGGAAAACGACGAGGGAAACUAAACGGGGCGGGAGUGGUAACCAAGUUGGUAAAAAAAGACACGCAAUUCGAACAACUCGGCUUAUCUCCGGACGAGUUGGAGCAGUAUAACCAAGAAACCGCUGGAUACAAAAGCAUAAUAAACGCCGCUCUGGAAGUUUUAUUGGAAACGUGUCCACCGUUUAUACCGGAAGGCACGGAAACCGACGUGGAGCGGUUUAAAGACGAAGACAUUGAAUCCUUUACUCUGAACGAUAAGAUAUUUAACCCGGAGAUGUCGUGGUUGGCGUUUAACUGGAGAGUUCUGGCAGCCGCGGCGGACGAGAACAUUCCGGCGUUCGAACGACUUCGGUUUUUAGCGAUUAGCGGGAGAAACCUGGACGAGUUUUUCGCCAAGCGAGUUGGGGCGUUAAAGAGGCAAGAAUCUGUCGGGGUUGGGAACUUAGUCAAGAAAAGAGGUAAGAACAUAUGGUCGCCGAGGAAAACGCUCGAAUACGUCAGCGCGGAAGUAGAAAAAAUGUCGGAUAUUCAGGCGGAGUUGUACAUCGAACAAAUAGCGCCGAGUUUAGCGGAUUAUAACAUCAGGAUUUUAUCGCACGACGAUAUGGACAAGGAAACGGUUCAGAAAGUUCGCGAAUGGUACCACGACUAUGUGGAACCGAUUUUAGAUCCGAGAGCGAUCGAUCCGUGCCACCCGUUUCCGUUUUUACCGAGUUUGUCCAUAGCGUUGGCAGUGGAGUUGGAAGACGCGUACUCAAACGAGAAAUUCGCGGUGGUUUCUGUUCCAUCCGUGGUGGACAGAUGGAUCGACGUUGGCGAGUUUAUGGACGAAACUAAAGGUAAACUUUUUUUGCCUUUAGAGCAAAUUUUAGAGGCGAACAUGGACACGUUGUUUCAAGGAUGUAACAUUCGCGCGUGUCACGCGUUUCGAGUGUGUAGAAACGCGGACGUCGAAAGAAACGAGGAGGAGGCGGAAGAUUUGUUAGAGAUGAUGUCUGACGAAGUUCGAACGAGACGUUUUGCAUCGUUCGUUCGGUUGGAAGUGCAAGACACGAUGCCUGAACACGUGAAAGACCGUUUGAUGAAAUCUCUCGAGUUGAGAUCGUUCGACGUGACUUCGGUGCCGCACGCCGCGCCGUUGGGAUUCGGCGUUUUAGAUUCCAUCGACGUGAGUUUUGAAAUGGACGACGCCUUAGUUUUUGACCACUGGUCUCCGAGAACGCACCCGAGAUUGGUUGGUAUCGACGUCCCUUCCUCGUCUGCUUCCGAGGCGGAAGAGAUGAGCAAACGUAAUAUUUUCGACGAGAUUAAAAAAGGAGAUAUUUUAGUCCACCACCCGUACCAUUCGUUCGCGACGUCCACGCAAGCUUUCUUCGAAGCCGCGGCAAGAGAUAAGGAUGUUUUGAGCAUUAAAUCGACGUUGUAUAGAACUUCAUCGAACUCGCCAAUUAUAUCGAGUUUGAUUAAAGCUUGCGAUAACGGGAAAAACGUCGCCGUGUUGGUUGAAUUGAAAGCUCGAUUCGACGAAGAGCGAAACUUGGGUUUUGCGGAACGACUUGAAACUGCCGGGUGUAACGUCGCGUACGGCGUAAAAGGCGUGAAAACGCACUGUAAAGCAACUUUAGUCGUACGAAGAGAAGGAGAAAAGCUCGUGAAGUACGUUCACUUAGGAACUGGGAACUAUAACCCGUCCACGGCGGGUAUUUAUACCGAUUACGGCAUGUUUACGUGCAAAGAAGAAUACGGCGAAGACGCCGUGAAUUUGUUCAAGUUUUUAAUGGGCCAUCAUUUCCAAAAAGAAUUCAACAGAUUGCUGGUUGCGCCGCAAAGCUUACAAUCUAGCAUGGUGGAUUUAAUCGAGAACGAAAUCACCGCCGCAAAGAAAGGGUACAAAGCGUCCAUCACGGCUAAAAUGAACGGUUUAGACGACCCGGAGAUUUGUAAAGCGUUUUAUCGGGCGAGCCAGGCGGGCGUGAGCGUGAAUUUGAUCGUUCGGGGCAUUUGUAGAAUUCGCCCUGGCGUCCCAGGCAUUUCCGAAAACAUUCGCGUGAUCUCAAUCAUCGGUCGAUUCUUAGAACACCACAGAUGCUUUCGAUUCGAAAACGCGCUUCAGACAGGGAAAGCGGAUCCGAAGAUUUACAUGGGUAGCGCAGAUUUGAUGCGAAGAAAUUUGUUACAUCGCGUCGAAGUCGUCACGUUAGUCGAAGAUGAGAGAAUCAGGUGCGAAAUCCAAGACAUGCUCGAUGCUUGUCUCGUGGAUGGUGUCUUAGCGUGGGAGUUAGGUGCGGAUGGACGAUAUCAUCGUACUCCGGAAGCGCGAGCGAUUGCGGCGAAACACUCGAGCCAAGAUCCCGGGAAAGGAAAACUCAUGCCAAUUGCCGCGACAAAAGGUUUACACGCGAGUUUAAUGGUCGACGUGUUAAAGAAACGAAGUAAAAGUAAAACGAAACAAUCUGUCGCGGGUAUUGCGGCCAAGAAUUUAAAAUAUGCGGCGAGAAUGCCAAAGCAAGCGAUGGUGAAGAGUGCGGAGGAUAUGGCGCAGCCGGAGAAGUUGGAGAAAGCUGAAAGUGCCUUUCCCGUGUCCUCUUCUUCUUCUUCUUCUUCGGACAAGAGACCUUCGAUGCAUGAAAUCAUCGAUGCGAAUGCGAGACCGAUAGAGGGAGAAAAAGUGAUUAAUGACACCAGCGAGGAUAGUAUGGACGACGUCGCGUUCGAUAUGGAGGUUUAA